AUGUCAGAACGUGCAAGGUUUUGGGAAGAUAACUUGCAAAUUUUCUGUACGUUCAAAGUACACAAUUUUGUUUUCUUCUGCAUGGAUUUCCAAUGUCUGUACACGGCUGUGAUUUCUGAGACCGGAAUUCAAGCCUGGGAAUGGUAUGGAAAGGACCGUACAUUUGGUGCUAUUGGUUUGUCAGUUUUACUGGAUCCUGAGUGUGAAGCUAAUCUCAGCAACAGAGAAGUUUUAUGGACAUACACUGGCAGCAAUGGGAAGCCUGUAAAUAUUCUGGAUUAUGUGCCAAAUUACACAAAAGCAGAACCAAAUGAACGCUUUAGAUCUCGUUUACAUUUUAAUACAUCGAAUGGGUCCUUGAUUUUAGAGAAUUUAAAAUCCAGUGACCAAGGCAUUUUUGCCAUUUUUGUAGAUGGACAAAAGAAGUGGACUACAGAUUUGCAAGUCAUUGAACCGCUGUCGAAACCGUUGAUCUUCAGUAAUUCCUCCUUUGUGGAUACAACCAUUGAACUGACUUGUCAAGUGCUUCGGGGGAAUGCAACUUCCAUUCUGUGGUGGAAAGAUGGCACUUUGUUACCCGAUAAUCAGCACUUCCUGUUACUGCAAAACAACAGCAGAUUGAUUAUUUCUGCAGCCAAAAAAUCCGACUGUGGCAUCUACACUUGCGCUGUGGAAAACCCUGUCAGCAAGAAGAAUAAUACAUAUUUGCUUCCUGUUUACGGUCUUUCACAGUGGCAUUACUGCACCUUGGGAUUGUCCAUCGCUACGCUGAUUAAUCUUGCUGUUGUUUCUUUAAUCCACAAGAUUACUUUGUGUGUACAGCAAGCCAAAAUACCAUAUGAGAGAGGCGAACGUAAUGAUGGGAAAACAGGCACAAAUGUAGGGUUGAAGUUACCUGAAUGCGUAGAAAAAUUCUUGCAGCUCCUCCUGAAGCUUUCAUUUCUCCUUCUUUUGGCUGCAUUUGUGUUUUGGAUGUAUAUCGAAGGAUUUGCUGUAAUCACUGUGAUCACAGUGGUGUUUCUGACUCUGUUUCUAAUUCCAACUGCAAUAUGGAGCAGAAAUAACCAGAACAACUCAGCAGUUUUCAGCCUUUUUCUGAGUGCAUUCGAUCUAUACGGUGACGUACUCAUUGUGUGUCUGCCGGGAAUCCUGAUAAAAGAAACACUCGUACGUUCUGGCAAAGGAUGUGAGCCAGCGCCCAGUCUGCAAACUAGUCUAAUUCUUGCUCUGGUGGUGCCAUUCAUUUUCCUUUUGAUAUCCCUUUGCCUGGUAUAUUGUAAGGAAAAUCGCAGUUGAACUCUAGAAUCAAUUAGGGAAAGGCUUCUUCAUAAUGAAAAGGAGCCAGAAUGGAGUUACACUACUAUCACUGGACCCAGGCUGCUACCAUUUGUGAAAGCACUUUCAGUUGAGUUUGAGCAUGUGGGGAAAUGGCACUUUCACUUGUGAGGCUGAGUUUUCUGAGAUAACUGUGGAACCUCAGCAGUAUAUGACUCAGGCGACUGUCUGUGUGGAGUUUGCACAUUCUCCCUGUGCCUGCGUGGGUUUCCUCCCACAGUCCAAAGACGAGCAGGCUAGGUGGAUUGGCCAUGCUAAGUUGUCCCAUAGUGUCCAGGGAGGCUUAGGCUGGGUGGGUUAGACAGGGGAAUUGCAGGGGUAGGGGAAUAGGUCUGGGUGAGAUGCUCUUUGGAGGUGCGGUGUGGACUUGUUGGGCCAAAUGACCCCAUAUCUGCAGGGAUUCUAUGAUCUACAAUGCAUAAAAUCAAAAAAUCAUAGUUGCUUUUGGUCAAACUUUGCAUCCGUUAGCAUUAUUUCUUCCCCUCUCUUUAAACUGCCCUUCCAGCCUGGGUGUCUAUACAAAAAACAGUCUCUAUUUCUCUCUGCCAUUUCCCUGCUACAGCAUUUCUGAGGACGGGUCACUGGACCCGAAACAUUAACUCUGUCUGAUUUUCGUUUCUUCACGGAUGCUGGCAGACGUACUGAGCAUUUCGAGCAACUUCUGUUUUUGUUCUUGGGUCUGUUCUGCUAGUUAACACUGUUGCUAACAAGCUCUGACACCCCCUACCCCCCACCUCCACCCCCACCAACAAUCCCACCUGCAAAACAUUCUCCCUGCCUGUGUGGGUUACAUCUGCAUGCUCUGGUUCCCUCCCACAGUCCAAAGACGUGCAGGUUAGGUGUCCACAGUGUCCCAUCACUGUGGAGAUUACUUACAAUAGCCAUGGUAAAUGUGGGGUUUAUGGGAAUAGGGUGAAUUCUUUUUGUUGUUUUGAAAAGUUGGUGCAGAUUCAAUGGGCUGAAUAGCCUCUUUUAAUCACUGUAGGGAUGCUCUGAAAACUGGCAUGUGUUUCCUUUGGCAGCCAAAUGUUCUAAUUGCCUCUGUGGAAUAAUUGUAUUUUUAGACUGAGUAGUAAUGAGUUAAAAUAAUACGUGACUAGGAGCAUAAAGUAGAGAAACUUUUAAGCUUUCUUAAACUGUACAUAUUGCUGUAACUGCAGCCUGCCUUUCCCCAGCCCGAGAAGUCAUGUAGGAUAGGUAGCAAAAACUUCAGGCUCACAGCAUCUGUAAACUUUUAUCUUCACCGAGUUCCACUUCAAUUAAUGUGUGUCUGGUUGCCUGAGCAAUGACUUUGCUUUAGCAAGGCACAGUUUGUUUUAAUCUGUUUGUACCACUGCAUAAAUUCUGCUUCUUUUUUGUGCUUGUCAGAGUCUU